GUACACGAUAAUUUUGUGAAAAGUUCUAGCAUUUUUCUGCGUGCAGUUCAGUUAGUGUUGUGUUGUUUUACGUAUUUAGAGUGGGACAAAGCAUAAAAGCCUCCGGUCAGUUCUUAUUGGGUCCAGUGGUCCGCUGUAUUAGUGAUGUACCUGCAGAAGUGGAUGUUGUUUUUGUGGGCGCUCAGCUUCACUGAUUUUGGAUUUGGGGUGAUUCCGGGCGAGGAAGAACUGAUUUUUGAUCCACCGGAAGACUUCGACAAACGCCAAAACGACAAGUACCAAUCGUCGAAGUACCCGUACCUUCCCUUCAACGGUAACAACGUCUAUCCAGAACCGGAAGAGAGAGAUCCGGACAGGGAGGAAUCCAGAAGAUGCACAGACAAAAUGGAGAGGGCUUUGGAUUCGAUACGACGCAGGCAGAUCGCCAAGGAACGCAUGCUGCAUCUGCACGGAUACUCGUUACAUCAGCCGUUGCGCAGUGCCCCUUUUGAUAUGUACGUCACUGAUAUGAGGGUGCGAUUGCCGCCUUCAAAAACUUGGGUUAGGGUGCAGAGGUGCAGUUUUGACCCGAUCAACCGUAGUUUGGAGACCCGAUUGAUGUUUAACGACCUAACAAUAAGCGGAAGAGUCAAUUUGUAUAACGACGCCAAUCUUCAGAGAGAGCCAGUCACUCCCAGUCCAGAAGAAAGCUGUAAUAUGAUUUUACGAUUAAGAAAAGCAGGAAUUGG